AUGCUCGCUCCUAUCUUUGCGUCGAUUGACGUUCUCCAACAAUACAGGAAGCAUCCAUCUUCAGGUCCAAGGGAGCUUACCCCAACCAUGGUUGGCUCUAUUGAAGAGGCUGACAAACCUGCGAAAAGGGGCAAGAAACCUGAAACCCACAAAGAGGCACAAGUUUGCAAACCAACCAAAGGGAAAACCGCUAAGAAGAGAAAGUAUGAUAAGGCCGUUACAUCACCUCCUCAACCGAAGAAGCUGAAGAAGCCUGCUAGGAGGCUUAUACUACAAUCCUCGAGUGACUCAGAUUCAGAGUAUGUUCCUCCCCAACAUAAGAAUGCUCCUCCUUCAGAAUCUGAGAGUGAAAGCUCUGAUGAUGAGGCUUCGGGCCGAGGUGAUACUCCGCCUCGCUCCCCUACACUAGAAAUUCCAGUUCACUCUCACCCUCCUUCACCUCCACCUGUAACCAUCCCAGCAGCUGCUAAGAAGAAUGCUCAAACCGUCAACGCUUCGAUGGAUAAUCUUCAACGGUCCCUUCAGUCUGAAAGAUCCAACCUUAAAGCUACAUGCCAAGCGAUUGAAGCUGCAAACGCGUCUCUACAUGCUAAUGUUAAUGAUCGCCUUACUCAACUUGAGGCUGAGUUAGCUGUAGAGAAUCGUAUCAUGGAUGAACUAGAUAGGAGAACCUCACAGCUAAAAAUGCAAAAUUACAAGCUGCGUACUGCUUCUGCUGAGCUCAACGAUCUGAAGUUAGAAAAGGAGGGUAAUGAAGCUUCGGUUAGUAACAAAGGGAAAAAGAAGAAGAAGAUCAGAGAAGAUGACACAGAUGAUGAGGAUGAAAUCUAUGCUGAGAAUCCUAAAAAUCCUUUUCAGAAGGUAAAUCUCUCUGAAAAAGAGCUGGAAGAAAAACUCAAGAAACAACAGGCUGAGCUCGAGAAAAAGAGAAAGGAGACGGAGCUCCUGGAGAAGAAAAAUUCCAUGUUUCUUGUCUCGACUAUAGUUUUUCUUCAGAGAUGCGCAAUCGAUGAGCAAAGCAUACUUUAG